AUGACAUCUAAGCGAACUUUGAAGGAAAUCCUAGAUUCAGAAUACGUGGAGGACAGUGAUGAAGAACAAGUACAAUCUCCAUCUGGUGUGGAGAGUGAAUGUGAGGAAGAACCAGAUCCAUCAUUAUGUAUCGAGUGUACAGAUAUGAAAACUGAGGUUAUCUGUAAGGAUUGCCAAGAGCACUUUUGUGUUGUCUGCUUCGGCAUGAUCCAUAGGAAUGGUCGAAGAAAGGCACACGAUUUUAUCAAAUUAACAGCAGGUGACGCUGAGAGGCCGGUUACCGAGGACGAACAAAAGACUCUACAAGAUGCUACGAACAUGAAGCCCAAAGAAGAAGUUGAAGAUGGCCAUAGUAAGGUACAAUCAAUGCUAAUCGACAAGACCUCAAUCGACGAAAAGAUGCUCGCCAUGUUGGCAAACCAUGCGAAAUUCAUACCUAUGCGGCUUACAGGAGAGGAAAGACACUUAUUGAGGCUAUUAGAAGCUGCUUUGCAGGUUUCUGAAUAUACUGAUCGUGUCGAUAUUUUAUCGUACAAGUCUAAAGCAAAGAGAAUUGUGGAACAGUUGAAAGAAAUGUGCUCAGUUCUGUGCGGUUUGGUUAUUGCCUCAAGCUUGAAAGCUGGGCAGAAACUGUUGGAGAUGAAAAACUUUAAUGACAAUGCGGAGUGGUUUCAGCAUGUCUUUGAAAUAGGACGGCGUUAUAAGAUUAUGAAUCCCGAGAAGAUGCGGGACACUUAUGGUAAGCUAUGUUACAUGGUUAUGGAUUCUCGGCUGCCUCAAAUCGAAGAGCAUAUGGAAUUUCAUCUUUACGAACCGAUCAAAACAGUACAUACCUUUUUGACCAGCAGACCCGAAGAUAAUGGGAACGCUCUGCACAUGUUUGAGGAUAAAUUGAUUCUCUAUGCAACUUCUCAAAUUUCACCAACGGGGAAGACUAGAUCCGAAAUAAGUCGUCUGAUCAAACAAAAAGAAUCUGCAAUCGAGAAACUGGCCUCGAAAUACUGCAGCAAACACUAUUCUAAAGAUGAUAUUCGUCAAGUAUUAUAUUCUAUUGGUGACUAUAAUGCCUAUAUUAACAUGAAUCGCCGGCCAAUCAUGAGAAUGCUCGAAAGACUUGAAGUCUUUCGUUCAUCUGAAAUAGCUUCGAAGUAUUCCAUAGGUAUCCAUUACGGUAGAAAUGGAGCGCGGUUGACUCACGACCACAAUAGGCAAAUGCAUUACGUGCAGCAGUCACUAACGCUGUGGUCAGUGAUACAAAGAGAAAUGAUUCACUUGUGGUACAUUGCAGAUCAGGAUCUUUACAGCCCUACAAGUUAUAGACUUGCGUCGACCGGACAAGGAUUGAAUAGAAUAAAGGCCUGUCCUGCCCUUUAUAGGGAAAUGCACAACAUUCUCAAUGAAUGUCGGUCUAAAUGUGAUGCCUGGGUUGGAUCUUCUGUCAUCCAUCUGGGUGACGAUGCGGUCCCCAAUGCAUUAUUCUUCUUGGACAAGUACACCCAAGUGCCUAAUAUCUUGAUACCGUUUGAUCAAACGCUUUUGAAAAUCAAUGACCUUGUGAAGAAUGACCCUAACAUGCUAGAAUAUGUGAAUAAAGAAUAUGGAUCACCUGAAGGUCUCAAACUCACAAUUCUUCAGGAUGCAUUUGCGCACAUGUUUGAUGGUUCAGGUGCUGAUAAUUUUUACAUGAGCGGAUCUUGCAUUGACGGGAGAUUAACCUCAGCUUGGAAUCACACCAAUGAAAUUUCCAAAAAGAAAUAUUACAAUAUAUUUCUAAUGACUGGAUUUAUAGGAUUUAACGGAACCGAAGGGUUUUAG